UCUAUGCGGCGAAAGAAGACCAACUGAUGGAUGAGUAAUGUAGGUGCAAUUUUUUUCUUACUCGAAAAGAAAUAUUUGUAAUGAUUUUGAGAAAUUAAUUUCAGCUAUGGCGAAAGGCUGUGUAAGUUUCGAGUCUAAAAUAAGCGGAAUAAACUGACAGUGCUUUACAAAGGCUUAGCCACACCAACGCAUCUUUUAUAAUCCCGUAUGAUGAAAGAACAAUGGCUUUUUUACCUGCCGUGUGUAAAUAUAUCGAGGCACGAGUCGACCCUUUGUAAUGAUUAUGACCAUUAGAACAAGCGUCUAUUCAGGGAUUGACGAAUUCAGAGCCACCUAGACCACGUGCAAACUGCGAAACAAAAACAUAAUCAUGGCGAUUGCUUAAAAGUUAUUAUUGACUGCGCUAGGAGAAGUUCGCAAAGAAACGAUCGCAUCCAUUUAGCCUAAAACCUUCCCAGUCUUAUUUAUACUUUUAAUUGUUUACGUUGGCGAGAUAUCUUCCGCUAGCAUUUCGGGCUUUUACAGGAUGUUCUUUCUCAAAACGCCGCUAGGCCUUUCAAAUCGCGUCGACGCAUUCAAUAUUCUUUCAUAAGGGCGGAAAAUCGUAUUUUUCUCCUUAGGUCAAAUCAAACACCGCCGAUGUGAAAAAUACAUCAGAAAUGCGCCCUCGAUCGCCGAAUCUGAUUUCAUGUGAUCAUUAUUAAUUUUCCCAUAAGCAGGUAGGACCACGUGAUGUGGACCGCAGAACCAUUCAUCUGACUCGGAUCUUGUUCAACUUGACAGAAAAAGCAACGACGUGGCGAGGUGAACACAAUAGCACCUGCUGUAUACGUAAUCGACUAAGGCACUAUUUCGCCUUAGCUUCUACAAUCCUGGGAUAUGGCCGAUUUUGGCCACACAACAAGAUCACUUUCACCAGUCGACUACAAUCACAGCGACUCGCGAGCGACGUCGCUCUUUUUCCCUGGAAAUCUCAAGGAGGAGCACACAGACAACAAAAAUAUUAAAAACGGUGCGUGUGAAGACUGUUUAGACGAUUCGUCGAAAUCUAAGGUAAUUUCAACGCAGGGAAACACUGCUUUAGAGCAGACAAAACUUAAUUUCACCAGAGAUUCAGAGAACUCCAUGUUUCACGAUUUCGCGACAUCGACCACAUUUUGGUCGCCACCCAACGUAGAGGAUGUAUUUGUACAGCCCGCAAUUCCUCAGCCAGUCAACGGCAUUCAUUUGCCUUCUAACACUCCGGUUAUAACGCAGCCAAGAAGAAUAAAUGGACCAACUAGUAUGACAACAACAAUGAACCAUCAGCCCAGAAGACCAAUGCCUCAUAAUUCACCGUUUAUAACGCAAACCAAAUCAAUGCCGACUAUUACAAGCCUCGGAGGAUGGAAUCAACAAACUCCGCAAUCCAUUUCAGGCUGGCCUUCACAACAACACAACUCAUGGGGCAGUCGGCAUUCAAACCAUACAUUGAACGCCAUCAAUUUCCCACAUGGAAGGAGCUCUCGGCCGUCUUCUUUAACUCUUCCAAGCUCCUCGCGAAUGAGAAAUCACCGUCCAAACCAUUCGUUUGCUCCUGUUUCUCGAUCGGCUAUCUCUACGCAAAGCAUAACGCAGGGGUUACAAAGUUUGAGUCUCAAUAGGCAGCCUGUGGACGGUACAAUCUUGGAUGAUAUUCCCAGCCUUGGAAAUUCACAUGGCCAAACCAGUGAGCUUUCAAACUCGCUAUACUCUUAUCAGGAUUCAAUGAAAUUCCCGUCUUUGGAAACACGUUUACUCGAUAUAAUUCGUUCCCCGUCGGAUCCUCCAGAUAACUUAAGCGCGUUCAAAUAUCACCUACAGAAGAAAGGACUCUCCCACGCAGGAGAUCAAAUUGUGCCAUCGAUAUGGUCACUAAACUGCUCUCCCACAUCAGACCUACCUGACCACAUUGAGCGUUAUUCCAGAAAAGUGUUUGUUGGAGGGCUUCCCCCGGACAUUGAUGAAGAUGAGAUUCACGCCAGUUUCUGUCGGUUUGGGAGCUUAACUGUGGACUGGCCACACAAAGCUGAAAGCAAGUCAUACUUCCCUCCUAAAGGCUAUGCCUUUCUGUUGUACUUGGAGGAACAAUCAGUGCAGAAGCUUAUCGACGCCUGUUUUCAGCAAGAUGACAAGUUAUACCUUUGCGUGUCUAGCCCUACUAUUAAAGACAAACCCGUUCAGAUCAGGCCUUGGAAUCUGAAUGAUUCAGAUUUCGUAAUGGAUGGUUCUCAUCCUUUGGAUCCAAGGAAGACGAUAUUUGUAGGUGGAGUGCCACGCCCAUUGAGGGCAAUAGAGCUCGCCAUGAUUAUGGACCGGCUAUACGGAGGCGUGUGUUACGCUGGAAUAGAUGUGGAUCCUGAACUGAAAUACCCCAAAGGUGCUGGUCGAGUGGCCUUCUCCAACCAACAAAGUUACAUCGCUGCAAUCAGCGCUAGAUUUGUGCAGCUCCAACACGGGGACAUUGAUAAAAGAGUUGAAGUGAAGCCAUACGUUUUGGACGACCAGCUAUGCGAUGAAUGUCACGGCGCACGGUGUGCUGGGAAAUUCGCGCCAUUUUUCUGCGCAAACGUGACCUGUCUGCAGUACUACUGUGAACAGUGCUGGGCUAUCAUACAUUCCAGACAAGGGCGGGAAUUUCACAAGCCGCUGGUCAAAGAAGGUGCGGACAGACCAAGAACUGUCCCAUUCAGAUGGUAAAGAAAAGCACAAAAUACAAUCCUUUGUCUUGAAAAGCAUUUUACUGUGCAAGCAAUUGCUAUGGCGAUUAUUUGAUCAGAAAUGGCGUGUUAAAAGAAAACAGAAAUUUUACUUUCCUUGUCUUAAUCAACUGAGACAAGAAAUAGGUUACCUUGUCCUCAUCUUUCAUUUCUUUUCCCUUCAUUCAAUUGCUGUGUAUGUUUUAAAUUGCUAGAACAAAUAACACUGUCAUUCUGGUUCAAAUAAUGUCACGGGAAAGUAUUAUAUUGGUUGGAAAGUAGUAACUUAUUUUAGUUAAAAUGAUCGUGGGGCUAAGGCAGAAUUAUCCGCUAAAUUAUAAUGUUAAUGUGUUAGUGUCAUGAUUUCUGAAAAAAUAUCAUUAUGAUAGAUCUCAGUAGGAGUUCACUUUACUUGAUUACAUUGUAUAAUGGCUUCAGAGGGAAGGGGGAUAUAGAUGGUAAUGUCUGUAAAGCGCUGAAGGAUGAAGAUACGUAUUAUUUGUAAAUGGAGAACUUUUUAAAGCAUUUUUAAGCAGGCGAGAGGAUUCAUUCCGACUGGUGAUCGGCACUUUUAUCAAGUACCAAAGUUUAAUUGUUUAGUAGACAAGGAAAUUGCAUACUUAAACGAGUAGAGUUAUUUAUUGAGGAAUUUUGCCUACAGGAAAUUUAAUAUAUAGAAAUGCUGUUUAUAUUAUUACUAGAAUUGUACAUACUAGCUGACAAGAAAAGUUAAAUUUCGGCAAACAAGUAAAGAUACGUUAUAAAUCAAAGCAAAGAUUACGUGUGAGAAUGGUACAAGAAGAGGGCUUCUCUCUGAAGUUUAAUUUUAUAGAAUGCAUAAUUGUUUAUAGCUGAGUGAGACGGCUACCAUUGUUGAAGCAGCAAAGAAAUAUAGGACUGAAAGUUACCAUAACUCAAAGCUUCAAACAACAAAAACUAUGACUUAAAGCGUAACGAAAAGGGAACAUGACAGAAAAAUCUGCAGUGUUACAGACACCCUUAAAUUAGAGUAUAAAAUGUAACAAACUGCAUUGAAAAUCCUAGACAGAAAGAUCAAGAUUUUUAGGGCUUGGAAUAAAUUCCAUAUUGUACAUUUUUUUUCUCACGUUGUUUUAAACAACAUCAUGAGAUAUGUAAGAAAUGAAUUAUUAUUGGUUUUUCAAACCAUGCUAUCAAUGUUGGCUUCUAAAUGCUACAGUGAUAUAUAGAAGAAGAGACCAAAUCAUUCUACUUUACUUUAUGAGGAUAAAACUAUUACCUUAUAUCUUUUGUUCAAAAGGCCAGAACUUUUUAUAGAUUUUAUAUUUACUUCAGAUAAUAUAUGACAUGAGUUUAAUUUUGGAAAUAUUUAGUUUUAGAGAGAUGGAUAAUCUGUUUGUGGAAUAUGAAUUUGUACAAUUUGGGAGUUACUUGUUUGCGUGGCAGAUAAAUUUCUCAUGAAAAACACGUUUGUAUUCGUUAAACUUUAAGCCAGAAAAUCAGUUUUGUAAUUUGUACGAUGGAAAGAAAACCAAAAUAACCUCCUUUUGAAAUACGCUGUUGAAUAUUGCUGUGACGUUAAAGAUGCAGUCAGUGAAAAUCAAGUGCUUCGAAAGAGGAAGAAAACGUUUAGUGAAGAGAUAAACAGGAAAACGAAAAAGGAAUUGUAGGAGGAUUUCAAUUUCAUACCAUUUUAGCCAUAAACAACUUCCAUCAAUUAAAAUCACUCUGAACAAAAAGCAUAUCGUAUGCUUUAAAUUGCUUUGUUUGUUACUACAUGUACUUUUGUUGUGUAUAUAACAGAUUAUUUGCAUAAGAUUUGUAAAGUUCUCAAACAAUUUCUGCAACAAUGUUUGGUUCGAGGAAACGACUUUUUACACUUUGAAGGUUCAUAACGUGGUCAGAAAAUUAGAGUAACGUAUAGCUCUGUUUAAAAAGCCCUUUAUUUUUGGAGACGAAAAUCAUGAAUGUUUGAAUCAAGGUCUAGUUAAAAGUUUUCACAAUGAUUUGAUAUCAGUUUUUGAGAAUUUCCAUUUUUGUAAUAUUGCUGGCAAACCACUCACGUUUACACUGUUGAAAAGUUAUCUGCCACGCAAACAUGAACUUUGAAUCGUAACAUGUAUUGCCUUGCACGUUACAAAUUAUUUCAACUCGUACAAAUGUAUGAUAAUAUUUUUUUCGCUAUAUUUAUGUUUUAAGGGUGGUCACAGAAUAACUUUCGUAAUUUAUUUGCUCUUGACUCAGUGAGGACAUGUUCAGGGAAAUUUGAUAAUGCGUCGAUACAGGAGUAUAAACUACAACCAAAUGUCCACUGACAGACAGUGUCAUUUUUAGGAUUGAAAUUGUUAACUAUCUGUCCAUUAUAACAUCAAAAAACAAAAAACAAAAAAAGUACAAAUUAAUGGUUUGCUUACAACUUAUACCUCCUAACUCCAGAGUUUAUUCUGUAAUAUUAUUGUAUUCCACAUGUAACCGACAUAUGGAGAGUUAUUUAUAAAUCAGCACACUUUGUAAAUGUCAGUUUCUUUCUACUGAGGGGUAUGCAUGUAAUUGUUACAAAGAACGGGCUAAAAUAUAUCUUUUUAAUAAAAAAAAACGUAAGUCGUUUCAAAGGAAAGCGUUGGGCAGGAUGGAGCAUUAUUUUUGCCUUCAAUAUAGCAUUAUUUUCUUGUAUCUUUGUAUUGAUUCAAUUUGUUUUAGAGUUUCGUUUUGUUAGCCAGGUUGUCGAUAGCCACCCUAACAAUCGACAAAUAGGGUUUGGUGAUAAACACACUCCAAACCAGCAUCAUAACCAACCCACAGUAAAAUUUCCUCCCUUAAAUGUUCAUAAUGUAACACGUUUUAAACUAGACUUCAGACUUCAGACUAGUAAACAAAGUUACAUUUAGCAAUUCCAAGUUUGUGUGCAAAUUUCGAAGUUGCCUCAGUCAAUCAUCCCUCAGGAGCCCAGAAACCGCAGCUAUGCUGCCCCAGUAGGGUACUUUACCCUAUACUACAGUGCGACCAAUGAUCAAGACAUUUCAUCUGAUUGCUACGAAUAAGCUAUGCUUCAAAACUUGCACACGUGACUUGUCAAUCAGAUGUUAAACUGGUUCUAAACUUAAAUAUUUAAUACAUUUUAUUUUUCAUGCUAUAUCACUUGGUUACUUUCUACUGCAACGAUACGCCACCAGGUACCGCUAAAGAGUGCAGUUGUUAAAUUUCAAACAAUUUCAUAUUUAACAAGAUUUUCUUUAACUUGUGACGCCUAAAAAGAAGCGAAUAACUUUUAAACUUUUAAAUGUUACGCUAGCGAGCAAGCAUUGUGAUGUAUUUGAAUUCAAAAUCGUAGAAAACCUAACUUUGAUAAUUUGCUACGGCAGAAAGCACCUAAAGAGCCUUCAAAGUUCUUCCCCUCAGAGUGCGCAUGCUCAUUUCAACCUCGUUUUCAACUAAAUGGCUAUAAUACUUUCUCCAUGUAAGUAAAUACUUUCAUAACUUAAGUAUAUAAAAGGAAAAAUACUUGACGAUAUAGAAUUGACUACAGUAGCAAGUCUUAAAAAGGUUUUUAGAAACUAAUUUUCCCAAACAAUACGAGUACACUGUUAAGAAAGAAUUCUUUAUUUUCAUAUGGUUUUGCCAGUUUCCAAUGAUUUGUUUGGGUUCGCAUUAAGCAUCUCGUGCUUUGAAUGAACGAAGAAAUUCUUAUCUCCCAGGGAGAAAAAGAACACGAAUCUUUGGAACAGGCUAAAAAGGAUUUUUGUUCACUUUUUUACAACUAUUUUUCUUAGUUUAAGUAUAAACACGUUUCACUGAUUUUGUUUUUAAAUUUUGCAUAUUUUAAUAACAUUUGGAAGUAACCAUUUUAUGUAUCAUGAAAUACAGAACAUAACAUCACAAAUACAUUUAUCGGUAUUUAUCACUAAAGCGCAAUUUUAAAAAACUCAUAUUACGAUGCAUGCUGGUUUUAUAACUGAUGGUAUUUUCAAAGCAUAUUUUGACCUCUGCAGUGUAGAUCUUACAGGAUUAAUAAUUAUUUUAAGAUCUCUUUAAUUUUGUAUUCAGACAUUUGUAGCAUGUAUUAAAGAAUUCUUUGUCCCAGGUAUCUGUAAAUGUAUAAUUCUGCUACCGUGGCAUAAAGUAAAUUUUUAUAAUUGAAUAUUUUGGUUAUAUAUGGUUAAUAGUGGAAUAUGAUCUUGAUAAUUGCUAGUAGGCUGGAGUCUCUUUUGGCUCACAGUAUCUACUUUUUUAGUAUUUAGAGCAUUUACGUGUUGCAAGUGUUGACACUGUUUGCUUAAUCUAUAAAAGUUCAAAUAAACUAACUCUUGUUUGUGUUUAA